UAGGAGGGAAGUUGUUUGGGGAUUUGAGCAUGCUUGCCAUAUCAUGAGGCAAUGUGCUGCCGACUUAGGUAUCAGCACAAAAGAAAUGGAAGUCAAAUCAGCAAAGUCGUGUCCAAUAUGGAGCCACAGUAGCUCGGAAUGCUUCUUCAUGGCUUUUAGCUGCACAUAGAAUAAGGAAGUAGAACGCUGUGAUGUGGUAUUGUCGUCAUCUGCAAGGAACAAACCGGGUGUCGAACGCCGCUCCUGCAAUUAUAAAUGAGAGCGAGCGCAACGGGGAAGAAGGCAACAGAAGCGAGGAGUGGGGGAUGCGGCCGAGGGUUGUGCUCGUUCCCUUCCCGGCUCAGGGGCAUGUGUCUCCCAUGCUGGACCUCGCCCGGGUCCUCCAUGCACGUGGAUUCGAGGUGACGGUGGCCGCCCCGGACUUCAUCCACCGGCGUCUCGCGGGCCGGGCCGAUGAUGGGAUCCGGUUCGCUUCUGUUUCCAGUGGCCUCAUGGCGGACGACGGCGCGGCGCCUCCGGACUUCGCGGCCAUCGAGCGGGCCAUGGAGAGCCACAUGCCCGCGCAUCUCGAGCGCCUGCUGUCGCCGCCGGACGCCGAGGCCAUCGCUUGCGUGGUGGUGGACCUGGUGGCCUCGUGGGCGAUUCCGGUCGCGCGGCGGUGCGGCCUCCCGGUCGCCGGGUUCUGGACGGCGAUGCUGGCCACCUACCGCGUCAUCUCCGCCAUUCCGGAGCUCAUUCGCAGGGGUUUCAUCUCCGAAUUCGGUAGUCCGCUGUCGCAUCAGCCUCGGUGCCAACAUGACGGGCAAGAGCAGGCGGCGCAAGAGCUGACGUUGGAAGGGCAGGCGAAGCUUAGCGCGAGCGACCUGCCAUGGCUGGUGGGCAAUCCUACUUCCCAGAGGUCGAGAUUCGCAUUCUGGCUUCGAGUCAUCGAGCGAGCUAAAUCUGUCCGAUGGCUGUUGGUCAACUCCUUCCCCGAGGAAGGCGGUCGCCGUGGAGACCAUCAUCCCCCGCUUCCAAGCUCGCAACCGCAAGAACACGACGCGCCGCGGACGCUCCCCGUCGGCCCACUGGAAGCACACGGCGGCGACGAGAAGACGCGCGGCAACUCCCGGUGCAACCUGAGCAUGUGGGACGAAGACCAGAGCUGCCUGGAGUGGCUGGAGAAGCACCCGCCGAACUCGGUCGUGUACGCGUCCUUCGGGAGCUGGGUGGCGCCGAUCUCGCCGGAGAAGAUCGCGGAGUUCGCGCUGGGGCUGGAGGCUGCGGCGCAGCCGUUCCUGUGGGUGCUCAAGGACGAGAAGCCAUGGCGGGCCGGUCUCCCCCGCGGGUUCCUGGAUCGAGUCGCGGGCUACGGCAAGGUGGUGGCGUGGGCGCCGCAGGAGGAGGUGCUGAGGAGCCCCGCCAUCGGAUGCUACCUCACGCACUGCGGGUGGAACUCGACGUUGGAGGCCAUACGACACGAGAAGAGGCUGUUGUGCUACCCCAUCGCCGGCGACCAGUUCGUGAAUGCCGUCUACAUCGUGAAGGUGUGGGGAAUAGGGAUCAAACUUGAUGGCUGUCAUCGACAUGCCAUAGAGAAUGGCAUCGGGAGGAUCAUGACAGGUGACGAGGGAGCAAAGGCACAAGCAAGUGUGCUGCAGCUGAAGAAGAGAGUUAUGGGGGAGGAAGGGAGCUCUGCAGCCGUUGCAAGCCUCCAAUGCUUUAUAGAUACGAUCAAGAAAAGCAUGUAAUAAUUGGAUCAGCUUGUUUAUAUCAACUGUGUACUGCUCUUGCUUUCACCGGGUCAAAUUGCACCAGGUUUUGCUGCAGCCACAAGCUCAUCAAUCGAACAUUGUUUGAUUCAUCAUCA